CCCUGAAUUAAACGAGGUUCUGACAGCGGUUGUGGACGUGGUAAAUUUUAUCAAAACGAGACCCCUGAAGGCACGACUUUUCACUGCUGUUUGUGAGGAGAUGGGAGCUGACCAUACGGCUGUCCUGUUCCACAGCGAAGCAAGGUGGCUUUCCCGAGGCAAAGUGCUAUCGCGCAUCUUUGAGCUGAGAUCGGAGAUCCGGGUCUUUUUGGAGGAAGAGCGAAUGUAUGAGGCAGCAGCGAAGUUUGGUGAUGACAUGUUUCUGAUUAAAUUGGCCUACCUCAGUGACAUAUUUUCAAAGCUGAAUGAACUGAAUCUUCAACUUCAGGGCAAAGACAAACACCUACCUCACCUGGCAGACAAGAUUAACACAUUCACCCGCAAGCUCAAUGUGUGGGAGAAGCGCAUGAGUCAGGGGCGGACGGACGUCUUCGAGAACCUCACUGAACUCGCAGAAAGCAUCGAUUCUGGUGCCACCACAGUGCUCCCGUGUAUCCAACAGCAUAUCGAGGCAUUGGGAGGAUUCUUCGGGAAAUACUUUCCCAACAGUGCAACUCAAUAUGACUGGGUCGUGGACCCAUUUCAUGCAAGUGCGCCUGCUGAUUUCAGCUGUGCAGAAGAGGAGCAGCUGAUUGAAAUGACAUCAGACUCGGCGCUCAGGUUGAGGUUUCCAACUAUACCACUCAGCCAGUUUUGGCUCGAGGUUGAGAAGCAGUACCCGUUGAUUGGGCAGAAAGCUGUGGGAAUUCUGCUGCCCUUUGCCACAUCAUAUCUCUGUGAAAUUGGGUUUUCAGCAGUUGCUGCCUUAAAAACAAAGUAUAGGUCCCAACUCAACAUUGAGCCAGAUUUGAGAGUGGCUGUAUCAAGCAUUCAUCCCCGGUUUGAUGAAAUGUGUGGUAUGGAACAGGCUCAUUGCAGCCACUGA